AUGGUGAUCCUGCUGGAUGCGGACAACUGUUCCAGUUACAUCACUCCACUAUUACAGAGAUUUUACCUCUCGCCACUGUAUGGUCUGGAAUUUGCCAUUGGCUUAAUUGGAAACCUAGUGGUGGUCCUAGGAUACGUCUUUUGCCUCCCUGCUUGGAAGUCUACAAACGUGUACCUGUUUAACCUGUCUGUGUCUGACCUCAUCUUCCUGUGCACAUUACCUGAGCUGUCCUACAACUACGCUUACAACCAGAAUAAAUUCAAUUCUGCACUAUGUGUGAUUAAUCGCUACAUCCUCUUUGUGAACUUGUACUCCAGCAUCCUUUUCAUGAUGUGGGUAAGUGUGGACCGGUACUUGUUGCUAUGUCACCCACAGCGUGAACACAUCCUGUUGACUCUCAAGGCUGCAGUGUAUAUCACCAUCUUGAACUGGAUCUGGGUGAAUGCUCAAAUUGCUCCCCUCAUCGUCUUCAUUAUCCAGGACUUGGACCAAAAUGGCUGGACAGUGUGUCGUGAUUUUGCGAGCCUGGGAGAUGCCAAAGGUCUUCUGAUCUACAGUGUAGUGCUCACCAUAACUGGAUAUGUGAUGCCUUUGGUGGCUUUGUUUAUAUCAUCACAACGGAUGGUUUCUGUACUCACAAAAAGAGAGGAGGUGCUUGGAACAUCGUUCCAAAGGCCAGUAAGAAUUGUAAGGAUCGCAGCAAUCUUAUUUCUGGUAUCCUACACACCCGUCCAUAUAAUGAGGAAUAUGCGUGUCGCAUCACGACUCCCUAAACUAAAAUUUUCACAGUGUAGCAUGGACUAUAUUAAUGCAGUUUACACAGUGACACGGCCAAUUAUAUUUGCUAACAGUGCCAUCAACCCUGUAUUUUACUUUCUUAUGACAGACAGCUUUAAAGAAGCACUGCAGGAAAAGUGGGGGCAGCUUAAAAGGAUACUAAUGACUAAAUCAUAA